UGGGCACAGGUGGGUGGCACUGGUGGGCACAGGUGGGUGGGCACAGGUGGGUGGCACUGCUGGGCACAGGUAGGUGGCACUUCUGGGCACAGGUGUGUGAAAUUGCAGAGUGGCACAGGUGGGUGCACUGCUGGGCACAGGUGGGUGCACUGCUGGGCACAGGUGGGCGGAACUUGCGGGUGGCACUGCUGGGCACCGAUCAUCAGGGCACUGAUCAUCAGUGCCCUGAUGAUCGGUGCCGAUCCCCGCUCUGACAACUGCCGGUUCUCGGCAGUACUUUCCUCACGAUCUGACAGCAUGAGGAAAGUGCAGCCGAGAACCGGCACUUGC